CUUCACCAAACUCCGAGGACCACAUCAACAUGUCUGCUUCGAAAACCUACAGAGCAGCCCAAUUAUCCGCGAAAGCUGAGCGUCUGGCUACGACUCAUCUCAAGAAUGUAGAAAUCGGGAAGCGCUCUAUACGUCUCUACGUCUCGCCCGCGCCAGUCAAUUUUGCUGAGAGGCGCUCUGUCCUGAGAGCGCUUGAACAAUAUGGCCCAGUAGAGUUCUUCAAACUCAUGCCGGGUCAAGGUUCUGCCUUCAUAUCACUGAUGAAAGAAAGUGAAGCUGCCGCCAAAGCCGUCUGUUCAAGCCCAGUCAACAUUACUGUUCCUUCAUCCUGCAAGGAGCCAAGGUCUGCUGUGAAAGUGGACGGGCUAAAACCGCGUUUUGAAAAGCAGCCUUCGCAACCUUCCAACCCAGAAGACACCAAAUUUGUCAUCGAAAUAACGGAGUCUCCCGCAUAUAAUCAUAAUGGCAGCUCAAGCUCGUUUCUCGCGAGAGUCUGGCCAGACUUUGUCACAGAAAAUAGGACUCUUGCUUCAACAACUCUGCGACAGUCGCUCCCUAAUAGUAUCGCAGCCAAGGGCUUGAGCCAUUGGGCCAUUGAUUUCGGCAAAGAAACAACAAUGGAUUCCAGAAAGAUUGACAGAGUGCAAACCCGCAAUUGGAUUCCAACGAAGAUAAAAACACCGCCUAGAGAGCCAGUGCCGCGGGCAGUGGGAGAAUGGGAGCGUCGGCAUAUGCAGCACCGCCGGCAAUCUGAGCAAGAGACGCGUACCACUUCUGAAGACCAAGGCACUUGAAUCUCAGCUUCAUUGCCCAAGGCUUAGGCGGCACUUGCGCAACACAUUUCUACGAUUCUCCACCUUAUUAACUCAGCCAUGUUGACGGUUCGCUUCUUUCUCUGCGUAGCGCAGAUCUUGACUAGUUAUCGCAAUAUGCAGCGCACGACAGGGAGAAAAGAUUACACAUGCAUGCACAGGCAGCUAGACAGAGAACGGGGUUCACCGAGUAGUCUAACAAGCGAUUUCUCCUCGUCGUAUUCAUGUCUAGUAUUCACCCACCUGCUUUUCAGAACCACAUUACAGUUCACGCCAAGAU